ACAGGCUUGCCAGCGGUAAACCCAAAGAGACAUCAGACAUAUUUCUCAGGCCUCCCAAGAGACCUCCCCGAAGAGUCUCUACGACUCCGCGUCGGCGGACCCGGCCGUAAGGCCGCUCCAAUACGCGCUUACAAGCACCCAGACAACAGCAGGUACAGAUGUGCAAGCGCCCAGGCAACAUCAGGUCAUGUAGGAGUGACCGAGAUACUCUAGAAACUGAAACGCCAUGGCUGUAGUACACUGGGAACCAGGAGGAGAAAGAGGAGCACGAGACAAAAGGGGGAGGAAAAAGAGGAAGAGAGAGAUUUGAGGAGGAAGAGAAGACCACAAGCUGCAGCGAACGCGGGCGUGAAUUGUGAUUUCCGCCACCGUGCCUUCAGCACGAAGUGGAGUGCCACAAAGCUCAUCAAGUAUCCGAGUUCACUGGGGAAAGGCUUGGUAAACAUUGCCCAAUGGCUUGGCAAUACUUCGGCCCAACGUUUGGCCACGUAGGCGGAUCCACCAGGCAGGGGGCAGCGGUGGUUCGCUGCAGGCGCCUUCGAUAAAAGCAAGCGAGGAACCUCGCCAGGAGACGCUGCCAAGGCAUCGAGUGAGCAAUCCACAUCGACGUAGAUCUGGCCAUGGAAUCAGAAGGCUUCGGCUAGGGACGGGGCGAGCGCGACAAGCGCACGCAGCAUGCCCGAUCUGCCGAACGCCGUGCUUGAUGAGUGAAAAUUACCCAGUGGCGUACCCAACCCUUUCUACACAAUUGGCGAAUACAUCUGGGACCGCUAAGCAGAAACAAACAUGUUGAUUGACCACAUUGCGCGGUUCGCAGCCCCGCAGGGAGCCGCGAGGUCUCGACGAGGGAGAUGACGACUGAACAAGAAAGAGAGAAGGCUGAGGGGAGGGGAUGAAGGAGGAGGCGGAGGCGGAGGAGGAGACUUGGACAGCACAGUGCUCUACUCAAAACAAAGCCCAACACAGGAGUGUUGGGAAAAGCUGCAAGGGCCUUUUCUGCUUUCAACGGCGUACAGGACCAUCCGACCCUUGCAGUGUGAGGAGCGUUCGUGCUUCAAACGUUGGGGGCGAGGGCAAACACUCGCGUGGGUCUGGGCGACUCGCCCACACGAGUUGCCAGCCGUGCUGUUCGCCGAGAACAGCCCAUCAAAUGAUGCGCGAGGACGUGGCGCCAGGACGCCAUCCGCCCGAGCGAGCCGCCGAGGCCCCCCCCCCUCGGCGCAGGUCCCGCCAGAGGUCCCGCAGCGAGCGGGUGGGGGGAAGCGAGAAGGAGAAGGCCUCCUCGGAGGGCGGCGGGGCUUCUCAGAAGCCCUCGCGCCGAUGGGAUUGGCAACGACUGCUGGCCGCACGAAAAGACAACUCAAUAUUCAGCAGCGGACUCGGGCAGGACGCGUACGGGCACUCCUCCUCCUUC